UUAUCUUACGUCUUGGAGAUUAAAAAUAGGUAAAAGAAAUAUAACCCUAACCCUACAAAACAAUCACCUAACCCAAUGUUUAACCCUUACCCCCUAAAUUUUGAUAAUAUGAAAGGGUUAGGGUAAGGUUUUAAGAUAAAUUAUAUAAAUUAGAUCUUGCCAAAUUCUAUUUUCUUUUUUUUCUAAGAAAAUGACAACUUCGACUGUACCUUUCUCAGUGACAUUUGUUGCAGGAGCAGUAGCAGGAAUUUCUGAGAUUUUUUUAAUGUAUCCUUUAGAUGUGGUGAAAACCCGGUUUCAAUUGAACGUGGGGAAAGCGGAAUAUCAAGGAAUGAAAGAUUGCUUGAUAUCUAUUCUUAAAAAAGAAGGUGUUUUCCGGUUAUAUAGAGGAAUCUUGCCGCCUAUUUUAAUGGAAGCACCAAAAAGAGCGACGAAAUUUGCAGCAAAUGAGCAUUGGGGAUUAUUUUAUCGUAAUUUUUUUGGGAUGGAGAAAAUGAAUCAAGGAUUAAGCUUAAUAACGGGUGCAACAGCAGGAGCUACCGAAUCAUUUAUAGUGGUUCCUUUUGAGCUCAUUAAAAUUCGGCUUCAAAGCAAAGCAAAUGCAUCAAAAUACAAGGGAGCUUUUGAUUGUUUAAUAAAAGUUUCACGAGAUGAAGGAUUAUUUGCGCUUUAUAAUGGAUUGGAAGCAACUAUGUUUCGACAUAUUACAUGGAAUGCUGGAUAUUUUAGCGUGAUUUUUUCUGUCAGAGAGAAACUUAAUAAACUUGAAUGGAAAAUGGAUGAACGAUUUAAAAAUUUUUUGGCGGGUACACUGGGUGGCAUUUCUGGAACAUUGUUAAAUACACCUUUUGAUGUGGUAAAAUCUCGAAUUCAAAAUACACCAAAGUUAUCUGGUCAGAAACCUAAAUACAAUUGGGCUAUUCCUUCUUUAUGGACAAUUUAUAAAGAAGAAGGAUUUUUUGCAUUGUAUAAAGGGUUUUUACCAAAAGUCGUUCGUUUAGGUCCUGGUGGUGGUAUUCUUUUACUUGUUUUUGACCAAGUAUCUAAAAAAAAUAUAACUUUACAUAGCAAUUAA